CUCCCUGACACGUGAACGCAUCGCCCCCUGCUGGAUGUAAACAGAAGCGUUUGGCGAGCGAAGUGCCACCGUGUCCUAAAGCCAGCGAGCUCCUUCCUCCUACCUGAGCCUUUACCCCGGGGGACGUCCUCUUGUCUCCAGAGGUCUCCUCCAGUGCCCUCUCUCUGGUGCUCUCAGGGUUUUAUUGCUCACUCCUUCUCUUUUCGUUCCAAGGGUCAGUACAUGAAACCUCCAAUCUGGAUCGAGGCGGCAGCAGCAGGAAGAAGAAGAUAGAGGAGUUCUCUCGGUCUUCUCGGGAGAAAAUCGUCCAAUCCAAGAACAAAAUGUUCUCCAAAUUCACCUCCAUCCUGCAGCACGCUGUGGAGGCGCUCGCCCCAUCGCUGCCCUUACAGGAGGACUUCGUCUAUCACUGGAAGGCCAUCACACAUUACUACAUCGAGACGUCAGAUGACAAAGCUCCGGUCACAGACACAAACAUCCCCUCCCACCUGGAACAGAUGCUGGACAUCCUGACCCAGGAGGAGGCAGAGCGCGAGUCUGGAGAGACGGGACCCUGCAUGGAGUAUCUCCUGCACCACAAGAUCCUGGAGACGCUCUACACGCUGGGCAAGGCAGACUGUCCUCCUGGCAUGAAGCAGCAGGUGCUAACCUUCUACACGAAGCUGCUCGCACACAUCCGUCAGCCUCUGCUGCCCCACAUCAACGUCCACAGACCUGUACAGAAACUGAUCCGGCUGUGUGGGGAAGUGCUGGCUGCUCCCACAGAGAACGAAGAGAUCCAGUUUCUCUGUAUCGUCUGUGCCAAACUGAAGCAGGACCCGUACCUCGUCAACUUCUUCCUCGAGAACAAGUUAAAGCGCCCUGAGACGAAGCGUCCUGCAGGGGCCGACGCAGGGAAGGAGAAUGUUCUGGCUCCAGACACCGGUCAGUCCCCAUCAGAGGAGCGGACUGAGGAUCAGCCGGCUGCAGCUGCUGCCGCCGCCGCCUCCACGUCGAGUCCAACCACCAACAAUAACAACAACAACAACUACAAUCUGGUCUCCUCCCUGCUCAACCUCACAAAGAGUCCUGACGGGAGGAUAGUGGUGAAGGCGUGCGAGGGUCUGAUGCUGCUGGUCAGUUUGCCGGAGCCUGCAGCCGCCAAGUGUUUGACGGAAAACACGGAGCUGUGUGACCUCCUCACCGACAGGCUGGUCGGCUUCUACAAAGCCCUGCCGCAGUCCAUGGACCCUCUGGACAUCGAGACCGUGGAGGCGGUGAACUGGGGUCUGGACGUGUAUAACCUGAAGGAGGACGCCGCAGUCUUCACGGGGAAGCGUGCUCUCAUCUCCUUCCUGUCGUGGCUCGAUUUCUGCGACCAGCUCAUCAAAGAGGCUCAGAAGUCGGCGGCGGCAGUGAUGUCUAAAGCGGUGAGAGAGCGCUUCUUUGUGUCUGUGAUGGAACCGCAGCUCAUGCAGACGUCCGAGGUGGGCAUCCUGACCUCCACGGCCCUGCUGAACCGGAUCAUCAGACAGGUGACGUCAGAGGCUCUGCUGCAGGAGAUGGUGUUCUUCCUGCUGGGGGAGGAGAGAGAGCCGGAGACGGUGGCGACCAUCGCUCAGAAUCCUCUCAGACACAGACUCAUCGAGCACUGCGACCACCUGUCAGACGAGAUCAGCAUCAUGACUCUGCGGCUGUUCGAACAGCUGAUCCAGAAACCCAGCCAGCACAUCCUGCACAGCUUGGUGCUGCACGGCCUGGAGGAGAGGAACUACCUGGAGAACAAACCGCAGGAGGAGCGGGAGCCUCUGGAGAACGGGCAGCCGCACGAUGCCGUAGAUCUUGAAGAGGACCCCCUGUUCGGUGAUGAUGUCUCCCCUGACAGCAGGCUGUCCGGCUCUGAUUGGCUCAGCUCGUCUCCUCCUCAGAGUCCCGACCACGCCAAGCCCGACGGGAAGACGGAGGUCCACAAGAUCGUCAACAGUUUCCUGUGUUUGGUUCCCGAUGAGGCCAAGUCGUCAUAUCAAGUGGAAGGAACGGGCUACGACACCUACCUCAGAGACGCACACAGACAGUUCAGGGACUACUGCGGGGUCUGUCAGCGGUGGGACUGGAGGGGGAAUCCUAAACCCUUUGAGAAGUGCAACCUGGACGCCCCGUUCUUCGAGGGACACUUCCUGAAGGUUCUCUUCGACAGGAUGGGUCGCAUCCUGGAUCAGCCCUACGACGUGAACCUGCAGGUGACUGCUGUGCUCUCCAAGCUGUCUCUGUUACCGCACCCUCACCUGCACGAGUACCUGCUGGACCCUUACAUCAACCUGGCCCCCGGCUGCAGGUCUCUGUUCUCCGUCAUCGUCAGGGUGGUUGGAGAUCUCAUGUUGAGGAUUCAGCGCAUCCCAGACUUCACCCCCAAACUGCUGCUCGUCAGGAAGAGAUUAUUGGGACUGGAGCCGGAGGGCAUCAUCAUCGACCACAUGACUCUCCUGGAGGGCGUGAUCGUGCUGGAGGAGUUCUGCAAAGAGCUGGCAGCCAUCGCCUUUGUCAAAUACCACGCAGCUGCCUCCUCCUCGCCGUGAUCCUCCCGCUGCCGCUCCAUCUGCCUCGCUCAGCGGACAGGUCAGGAUCAAACUCUGGGGCGCGGUGGAGCCGGUGGCACAGGGCUCAGAAACAAACUUUACCACUAACUGCUCGUCCCGACUGUUAGAGCCCGCCCACGGGUCUCAUGGCUCCGCCUCCUCCGGGCUGCAAAAAAAAAGAAAAAGAAGCUCUGGUCUGUUUUUAAAGCGGGUCGGAGCGCAGACACUGCCCAGCCUGCAGAGGAGGAGGAGGAGGAGGAGGAGGAGGAGGAGGAGGAGGAGGAGGAGGAGCGAGGCUUCCCCGGACUCUCCCUCCUCCUCACCAGCCAAACGUUCACACCCUGUAAUUAUUGCGGACACACGGAUGUUUGUGUAUUUAUUUCCUGUCCCGUGUCGGCUCAUUUGUAAAAGUCAUUGCCUUAGUGUGGACUCACACCGUUCAGUUUCACCGGACUGUUUCCUUUUGAAACAUUUUAAUCUUAAAGCGUCGUGUUGUCUGUUUGAAGACAAGAGGCUGCCGAACAAUGCCCACUCCCUUCUCCCCUGUACUCUAUAUACCUGUAGUUACACACACACACACACACACACACACUCUUACUGGGCUGCAGUAUUUAAGAUGCUGCGCUCAUGUUUUAUAUGCCAAGUCCUCUUAUUUAUUUGCUUUCAUGUUGCCUUUUAGCUAACGUCGUAUUACGUUGAGUUUAAAGAACUUUGUUUGUUUGCUCGGUUUGUCUUUAAGUGCUUCAUCUGUGCUCGCCCCAAAGAUUUCACCGUCAUCACAUCCUCUUCAUGUUCUGGUGACUUUAGUAAAGAUGGAAGUUUGCACACGGA